UUGCUCAUGUACAGUGCAAACAUAAAGAGAAAACAACAUCCAAGUUCACAGCAUCACUGUCAUGAUGAGCCCAAAUUAAAUUUCAAAAGACUUACAUCUUCACUGGUUCUCUUAUUGUUUUUGUUUAACUCUGGUCCCUGUUGCUGUUAACUCAUGGCAUCCACUGGCCAUUGGGACAACUGUCCAUCCAACCAGACCAUUCAUGAAGCUGCAGGUAGGAACAGAUCCAAUUCUACUUCUCAGUUCAGCGGAGUACAGCUGAUCCAGUCUUUUAAACCUUUGCUCAUCCCUUGCUACACGUUGGUCGUCCUUGUGGGCAUCGUUGGCAAUUAUCUCCUCCUCUAUGUCAUCUGUAAGACUAAGAAAAUGCACAAUGUCACCAAUUUCUUCAUCGGAAACCUGGCUUUCUCAGACAUGCUGAUGUGUGCGACCUGUGUCCCCUUUACUCUGGCAUAUGCCUUCAACCCCCAGGGAUGGAUCUUUGGGAAAUUCCUCUGCUAUUUUGUGUUCCUGAUGCAGCCCAUGACGGUCUAUGUGUCUGUUUUCACUCUCACAGCUAUUGCAGUGGACAGAUACUAUACCACUGUGCACCUUCUGAAGAAGCGCAUCUCCUUCAUGACCUGCAUCUACAUCAUUGGUGGGAUCUGGCUGCUCUCCUGUGCUUUGGUAGCCCCAGCCAUUGCCCACACCUACCAUGUGGAGUUCCAAAAGGAAGGCUUUGCCAUCUGCGAGGAGUUCUGGAUGGAGAAAGAGAAAGAGCAUCUAGCCUACGCCUACAGCACCUUGAUCAUCACUUACAUCCUUCCUCUCUCAGCCGUCUCCCUCUCCUACAUCUGCAUCACCAUCAAACUGAAGAACCGCAUUGUGCCGGGUCACCCAACACAAAGCCAGACCGAGUUUGACCGCCUGAGGAAGAGAAAGAUCUUCUGCCUCCUUGUGCUGGUGGUUGCCGCUUUUGCCAUCUGCUGGCUCCCCAUCCAUGUCUUCAACAUCAUCCGCGACAUAGACAUCAACCUCAUCAAUAAGGACUACUUCCUUCUGAUCCAGCUGCUCUGCCACUGGUUUGCUAUGAGCUCCUCCUGCUGCAAUCCCUUCCUCUACGCCUGGCUGCAUGACCGCUUCCGAAACGGGCUGAAAGAGAUGUUCACCUUCAAGCAGAAGAUCAUCCCUGCCAACAACUGUGCAGCAGUCAGUGUCAUGCUUUGA